AUAGUAGGGAUUCAUGGUCUUGGGGGAAUAGGUAAGACUACAAUUGCAAAGGCUGUUUAUAACAGGAUUUUUGACCGUUUUGAAAGAAGUAGCUUUUUAGAGAAUGUUAAAGAAAAAUCUAGGACAAUCGAUGGCAUAAUACAACUACAAAGGACACUUCUUUAUGAGAUCUUGGAAGAUAAAGAUUUGAAGGUGGACAACAUUUCCAAAGGGAUCAAUGUGAUAAAGGAAAGACUUUGUAGUAAAAGGAUUUUUUUAAUUCUUGAUGAUGUGGAUAAAUUGAAACAAAUAGAAAACUUGCUUGGAGAAUUUAAUUGGUUUGCUUCUGGAAGUAGAGUCAUUAUAACAACAAGAGAUGAACACUUGUUAACCAUUCUUGGAAAAGUUUGUACAACUUAUAAGGUCAAGGAAUUAGACAAACAUGAAGCUCUUCAACUUUUUGAAGAGCAUGCUUUCCUGGGAAACAAACUCGAGAAAGAUUAUUAUGAACUUGCAAACCAAGUUAUAAAUUAUGCCAAAGGCCUUCCCCUAGCUCUUGUAAUAAUUGGUUCUGAUUUGUGUGGAAGAUCUAAACUUGAAUGGAAAAGUGCAUUAGAUAAGUAUGAAAAAAUUCCCAAUGAAGAUAUUCAAGAAAUACUCAAAAUUAGUUAUGAUGGAUUGGAAGGAACCGAACAAGAUAUUUUUCUUGAUAUUGCAUGUUUCUUCAAAGGAUGGCACAAGGAUCUUGUUGUAAAUAUAUUAGAUGCCUUUGAAUCAUAUCCAAAUUCUGGUAUUUCAAGACUUGUUAAUAAGUCUCUUAUAAUUGUUGAUCAACAUGACACAUUUUCGAUGCAUGACUUGAUACAACAAAUGGGUAAGGAAAUUGUUCGCCGUGAAUCGCCACAAAUCCUCGGAAAGCGUAGCAGGUUAUGGCAUUAUAAGGAUGCUCAUGAAAUACUAACUGAAAAUAAGGGGUCAAACAAAAUUCGAGGCAUAAUGUUGUAUUCGCCUAAACCAGUUACAGUACAAUUACACAACGAAGCUUUCCAAAGGAUGGAAAAUCUCAAAUUUCUUAUAGUUUAUAAUAUAAAUAUUUGUGAACCACUUAAAUAUCUUCCAAAUGGGUUAAGGUUUCUUCAUUGGGGUAAUUAUCCUUUUCCCUUGCCAUCCAAAUAUUGUCCUCAAAAACUUGUUGCUCUCGAGAUGCCAGGUAGUCAAAUCAAAUUGGAAAAGCUAUUCAAGCAGGAUUUCCAAUUUGAAAAUUUGAAACGUAUCAAUCUCGAAUCUUGUGGAUUUAUUAAGAAAUUACCAGAAUUAUGCACCCCAAACUUGGAGAUAUUGGAUCUUUUUGGUUGUGUAAAUUUAGUUGAGAUUCAUGAAUCAGUUGGAUUUCUUGAUAAGCUUAAAACAUGGAGACUCUCUUGUUGCGAAGGGCUUAAAAUUCUUCCAAGUAACCUCAUGUUGAAAUCUCUUAAUUCUUUUGAUCUUUUUAGAUGUUCAAGUCUUGAGAAGUUCCCUAAUAUUCAUCCUGAAAUGAAAUGUUUAAGAGAUUUAGAUUUGCAAGAGAGUGGUAUUAGAGAGUUGCCUUCAUCAAUUGGAUAUCUAGGUGGGCUUACAAAAUUAUGCCUACGUGAUUGCCCAAAUCUUAGGGAUCUUCCGGACACCAUUUCUGGAUAUGGAUUUUUGAUGAUGGAACAUCUAGAUCUCAAACACUGUCUAAAUCUAAAUAAAUUAGACUUUUUGAUGCAGCCUAAUUACUUCCCUGCAUUGAAAAGUAUAUCUCUAUCUAGAACCAAUAUUAUUACCAUUCCUGAAAGCAUAAGUAGAUUUCCUAGAUUAAUCUCACUUUCUAUUCAAAAUUGCAAGCAACUACGUGAAAUUCUAGGCCUUCCAAAAUCGAUAAAAUGUGUAGAUGCAACAGAUUGCUUCAAAUUGGAUCUACAAUCAUUAUUGAGUCAGGUUGAAGUAAUUAUGGGGAUUUUACCAAAUACAUCAUGUGAAGGUGCAGGAACCAACCUAUUAAUAAAUACACAGUUAUCUGAUGACUUUGCAUCUAAAACUGAAUCAGAAGAUGAGGGCAUUACUUGUUUUAUUAUAGCACCAGGAGCUGAGAUUCCAGAGUGGUGUAAUCAUCGAAGUGUUGGAAAUUACAUUUCAUUCUGGGUUGGUCGCAAAUUUCCAAAAAUCGCUCUCUGUAUUGCUCUUGGACAGAAUGAGCCACAUCAGCAUGUUGCAGUUUACUUUUACAUCAAUGGUCGUGGAAAAUAUGUCUAUUUGAGAAGAACUUUUGAGGAAAAUUCUAGUUAUCUAUGGUUAGUUCCUUCGUGUCGUUCGUUUUUACAAAAUCAUUUGGACGUCUCAUAUCCAUCCGAACAGAAUCUUGUUGAGUUUGUAUAUGAAAUCAAACCCAAAAGGUGUCAUCGUAGACAUUGUCCUUCUUAUAAGUCAAGACCACAAAAUCCUACGGUCAUCAAAAGGUGGGGAGUUCAUGUAGAAUGCAUUUGUUGUCCUCACAAAUCUGGUAUUCCUUACCUUCCAUUUCAAAGUGCAGAGUCUUCCUCAGUCCAUGAUAACUCCAAGCCCCUGCCUUUACUAGCUUUUUUCCCCUCUUCUUCUGCGUCAGAUAUGGAUAGGAGGAAUUUCAACAAUGAAGGAGAUUUGGGGAUUUCAAUAGAAACAACAACUAUUGCGUUUGACACUGCUUGGAGGAGGGACUUUGAUCCUGAUGAGUUUAAAUUGACUUUACCACCAAAAGCGAUUUUCUCCUCACAAUUACAAUAUGAUGACCCCUGCUGGUGUCAAAAAACCAAAUAUGAGUCUCCAGGGUGUAUUUUAGUGAAUGCUGGUGGGUUUUCUUUGGUCGCUGAUGGUGCUGAGCUCCCACUUUUACUACAUCGUUCUCCCACUUGGUUUUGAGGCUUUUGAAGGAAUUUCAUAAUGAUUUGAGUUUAUCACCAAAUGAUUCAUGAUGCAGUAGAACGUCAGCCUCCUCUGGUCCCUGAUACAACUAAUGGAUCUGAUUUUGGCUUGGGCCAGCAUUAGGCUCAACUGUUAGUGGUGCGUGUGUUGCAUUUGGGUUUGUCUUCAAUGGCCCCUGACUCUGUAAAUGAUGACUCUGAUUUCAAUGUGUACACCGUCGAAGAAUAUGAGGAUACCUUGAUCAAACUUCAAACAAUUUUUGCCUUUCUUCUUUCCUUUGAUUCCCAUCUCUCCAAUUCCAAUUUAGCACCCUUCACUUUACCACCUCCAAAUUUCAUAUCAAGAUUGCCUGGCCAUGGUGGAAUAGCUUGAGCACCAGUUUCAACAUGAAAGACUUGCAUAAAUGGAUUGUGGUUUUCUGUUUGGUAUGAUUCUGCCUUAAAUCUGCACAACCGUUCCUUGGAAUUUUAGGGGAUUUCACCAUGUAUUGCAUUGUCCAUUGUGACAUAGAAGAUUUCAAAUAAUAAUUUUGUGGGUUACGUAGUACUUUACCUCUUGCAAGGCCAGUGCCACCUCCAAAUUUCAUAUCAAGAUUACCUGGGCCAUGGUGGAAUAGCUUGAGCACCAGUUUCAACAUGAAAGACUUUGCAUAAAUGGAUUGUGGUUUUCCUGUUUGGUAUGAUUCUGCCUUAAAUCUGCACAACCGUUCCUUGGAUUUUUAGGGGAUUUCACUAUGUAUUGUGUAAAGUUAUGUUUUUUUAAUGAACAGAA